AUGCUUGCACAGCAGGACAGCAUGGCCUUUCGUAAGUGUGUACAGGUCCUGCUCCGUUCCAGCUUGGCUCCGUUGUGCCACCCAGGAUCCACGAGGACCCAUCCAAGAUUUCUUCACACAGUUCCCAGACUCUGCAGUCAAUCCCAGCCAAAUGGUUCCUCGGGCUCUAAAGUGCUGGUGCACUUUGUAAAUCAGUCGGGGGUAAAGAGCAGUGUGUUUGUCACAGAGGGAGAGACUCUUCUAGACGUUGUCAUCAAGAAGAAUCUUGACAUCAGUGGCUUUGGAGCAUGCGAGGGCACUCUGGCCUGUUCCACCUGUCACCUGAUAUUUGAGGAGAGUGUGUAUGACAAACUGGAGCCAAUGGUGGAUGAAGAGGUUGACAUGCUGGAUUUGGCUUAUGGACUCACCAAGACAUCUCGUUUGGGGUGUCAGGUGACUGUUGAGCGCUGGAUGGAUGGAAUGACAGUUCACGUUCCGCAAGAGAUCAAAGAUCAGCGAGGAAAACAAGAGGCAGUGAGAAGCAAAUGAUACACA